AUGACAUCCUCCGGGCCCAAGAUCAUCCUCAUCCUCGGCGCCGGCCCGAACAUCGGGGCUGCCCUGGCCAAAGCCUUCUCUGCAAAGGGGUACCAAGUCGCCAGCGCUUCUCGCACGCCGCCCAAGAACAACGACGGCGCGGCCCUGCAUAUCCCUGUCGACCUGACAAAGCCCGACACGGUCCCGGGCGUCUUUGAGAGGGUCAGGAAGGAGCUGGGCGGCGAGGUGGGCGUCGUGGUCUAUAAUGCCGCUAUGUUCAAGCCAGAUCCUGCCGAUCCUCUCUCCCUCUUCGCUCCAGAAUCCAUCCAGACCUACCAUGACUCACAAUCCGUCAACGCCACUUCCGCCCUGGUCUCCCUUCACGAAGCAGUCAAGUCAUUCCGCAACUUGGCCGCCUCGAAUGAUGCGUCAAAGACAUUCAUCUUCACGGGCAACAUGCUGAACCUCAAGACCUUGAAGGGCAUGUUGAAUUUCGGGCUAGGCAAGACCAGCACCGCGUAUGCCAUCAGGUAUCUUGUAGAGAACAAGAUCUACGCCGCCGAGGGUGUCAGCACUUACACCUCUAUCCCCUUCUUCUUCUUCUUCUUCUUCUUCUUCUUCCUCUUCUCCUUCUCCUCCCUAGGCUCUCUCUCUAUCCUCUCUGAGGCAGCCCUCAAUAAGCGUAGCCAGACUGACCAUUCAUACGCCCCCGAUAAAAGGUUCUACUACGCCGAUGAACGGAAUGCAGACGGUUUACCCGUCGGCAACGCGGUCUCCGGCCCUGCCGCGGCAGAGGAGUACUUGAAACUGGCCGAGCAGGAGGAACAAGGGCCGUGGCUGUACACGUUCGUCAAGGGCGAGGGGUACAAGGACUUUGAGACGCACGGUCGCUUGUAA